UUUGAACUCAUCCAAUUCCUAAUGGCAAAGAGAGAUGUGGAAUCCAAGUGAAGCAUUUGUCUUUAGUGAGAAUUCCUCUCCAAAGAAGUUUCCACACAAAGAGUUGAUAUCUUGAUGGGAUUUUAAUUCUCCAUAAAGCUUUCCAUUCAAAAUGAGGUAUCGAGGAUGACAGAGAGGAUAAAGAGAGUUGGUGGGACUACGAGUGGUUACUGGAAUGCGCCACAAUCACAACUACUGGAGUAUUGGUUUUCAGAAUUGCAACAAAAAAUUGCGUGGUUAAUUGAUCAGUUUCAAGCUUGAAACAGAUAAAGCCAAAAUUCAGACUAGUCUGAUCCAAAUUGCAACCAAAAAUUGCGUGGGACUACGAGUGAUUACUGGAAUGCGCCAACCCAAAUUGCAUCCUUAUAUAUGUAGAGCGAAGACGACAAAGAAUUGCAUUCUCUUUGAUGGUUACUACUACUUUCUAACAUUACUCAUAAAUAGAAUUUAAGAACAUAAGGAGGCUACACCUAUCGGAGUCCGGCGUCUCCUCAUUUUGAACGACGAUCAGUGACAUCUCAACUACUGGGUCUUUGGCAAUGUGUCUAGUCUGUUAAAAGUCUGCUCCGGACUCUGGGCUCUAGAGGUUUUACAAGCAACAAUAACAGCAAUCGCUAUGGCUACAACAGCAGCAACUACUACACCCUUCUUUUAUCGGCCCCGUCAAAGCCGGACGGAGAAUCCUCUCAGAAAUCAAGAUGGAGCCAUCUGCUACAGACCUUGUUCAAAAAUCACUCUUUUCUCUUAUUCGAAAUCUAGGUUCUCAACCUCUGUUACCGCCUCCACCUUUCUCGGCAAAACAGUUAGUCAAGAAAAAAACGAUUUGAACACAGAAAUUUGCAGAUGCUGUGAAUUGGGUAACCUAAGAAACGCCAUGGAUUUACUCUGCAACCGUCAAACUUCCCAGAUUGAUUCAAGGACUUACUGUUCUAUCUUGCAGCUCUGUGCUGACCUUAAGUCGCUAAAUGAUGGUAGGAAGGUUCACUCAAUCAUAUCUUCUAGUGGCGUCGAAAUUGACAGCCUUUUGGGUUCUAAACUAGUGUUUAUGUACGCCACUUGUGGAGAUCUGGGAGAAGGGAGACGGGUUUUUGAUGGUAUCCAGAAAGAGAAGGUUUUUCUUUGGAACCUCCUCAUGAACGAAUAUGCAAAGAUUGGGAAUUUCAGAGAAAGUAUCCGUUUGUUUAAGCAGAUGCUGGAGUUGGGAAUUGAUGCAAAUUCUUAUACAAUGUCUUGUGUUUUCAAGUGUUUUGCUGCGUUGGGAAGCGUAGUUGAAGGUGAACAGGUUCAUGGGUAUUUGCUAAAAUCGGGUUUUGAUUCCUACAGUGCUGUUGGAAAUUCUUUGAUUGCUUUCUAUUCCAAGUGCAAGAAGAUUCAGAGUGCACGUGAAGUGUUUGAUGAGUUGAGUGAUCGUGAUACCAUAUCAUGGAAUUCAAUGAUAAGUGGGUAUGUCUCAAAUGGUCUUGCUGAAGAGGGACUUAAACUUUUCAUUCAAAUGCCGCUUUCUGGAGUUGAUUUGGAUUUAACUACGAUGAUCAGUAUUCUACCUGCUUGUGCAGAGAUAGGUAGUCUUUACUUGUGUAGGGCGCUUCAUGGGUAUGGGAUAAAAGCCCAUUUUGACAGUGAGGUUACCUUUAAUAAUACUUUACUAGACCUGUACUCAAAAUGUGGUGAUUUGGAUGCUGCAACACGAGUUUUUGUAAAGAUGGAUAAAAGGAGUGUUGUAUCAUGGACUUCUAUGAUGGCCGGGUAUACUAGAGAAGGACAAUACGAUAGGGCAAUCAAUUUGUUCAAGGAAAUGGAAGAAGAAGGUAUAAAGCCAGAUAUAUUUACAAUUACAAGCAUUCUUCAUGCUUGUGCGUGUAAUGGAUCAUUAGAAAGUGGUAAGGAUGUGCACAAUUAUGUGAGAUCAAGCAACUUGCAGUUUCAUGUAUUUGUUGCCAAUGCUAUUAUGGAUAUGUAUGCAAAAUGUGGAAGCAUGGAAGAUGCUCGAUCUGUUUUUGAUCAGAUGCCUGUGAGAGAUACUGUAUCGUGGAAUACCAUGAUUGGAGGUUACUCAAGAAACUGUCUUCCCAAUGAUGCACUGGGUCUGUUCAUCCAAAUGCAAAAUGAAUUGAAACCAAAUGUUGUAACCAUGGCUUGUGUUCUUCCUGCCUGUGCCAGCCUUUCAGCCUUAAAGAGAGGCCAAGAGAUCCAUAGCCAUGUGAUGAGAAAUGGGUUUUUCUCUGACCUUUAUGUGGCCAAUGCUCUUGUUGACAUGUAUGUGAAGUGUGGAGCAUUGGUGCAUGCACGUAGGCUCUUCGACAGGAUGCCUACGAAGGAUCUGAUUUCAUGGACAGUGAUGAUUUCUGGAUAUGGCAUGCAUGGAUGUGGCAGAGAAGUGAUUUCUGUUUUCAAUGAAAUGCGACGUACAGGUGUUGAACCAAAUGGGCUUUCCUUCAUUUCUAUACUAUAUGCUUGCAGCCAUUCAGGAUUAAUAGAUGAAGGGUGGAGGUUCUUUAACAUAAUGAAAAAUGACUGUAAGAUUGAACCCAAGUUGGAUCACUAUGCCUGCAUGGUGGAUCUCCUUGCCCGGGCAGGCCAUUUAACUAAGGCAUACAAGUUCAUCCAAAUGAUGCCAAUUAAACCAGAUUCAACAGUAUGGGGUGCAUUGCUCUUUGGUUGCAGGAUUCACCAUGAUGUCAAAUUAGCUGAGAGGGUGGCGGAACAGAUUUUUGAACUUGAACCUGAGAAUACAAGGUAUUAUGUACUUCUAUCUAAUAUAUAUGCGGAAGCAGAGAAGUGGGAAGAGGUGAAGAAAUUGAGGGAGAGGAUUGACCGACGCAGUUUUAGAAAGAAACCAGAAUGUAGUUGGAUAGAGAUCAAGAAAAGGUAUCAUGUUUUUGUAUCAGGGGACAGAUCAAACCCACAUGCCAAGAAGAUAGAAUCAUUCUUGAAAAGAGUGAGGACAAAGAUGGAGGUUGAAGGGCAUCUUCCAAAGAAGAGAUAUGCUUUGUUGAAUGGGGGUAAUAUAGAGAAGGAACAGGCUCUCUGUGGGCACAGCGAGAAGAUGGCCAUGGCUUUUGGAAUUCUGAGCUUGCCAUCUGGUAAAAUCACAAGGGUCACCAAGAAUCGAGAUGUGUGCAGUGACUGUCAUGAGAUGGGAAAAUUCUUGUCCAAGAUGGAUGAUAGGGAGAUUGUCUUGAGAGAUUCUAAUCGAUUUCACCAUUUUGAGCAUGGACGAUGUUCCUGCAGAGGAUAAUGGUGAGCCAAGUAUGAGAGGGUUUUGAAAUCUCAAUGAUCCAAUUAUCCAGAAAUAUCUACUUGAUGGUCACUCUCGUUUGCCUUGCAGAGGAAACUGCUAAGUCAAAUAUAAGUAGAGUUCGAAAUCCAAAUGGUCCAAUUAUCUAUACAUAACUAGAUAUAAUCUUCAGUCAUCAAUUCUUGAUUCUUAACAGCUGAUCUGUGGAUUAUUGCAACUUAAAGUUCUUUAGCAGCAAUGGUAUGAUUCUGGAAGCAAAAUCUCACAUUGAGGAUUAGAAACAACAAUUGAAAUGAGAUUUAUAUAUUUUUGUCCACUUUACCAUAGUCUGGUUAUUUUCCCAAGGAAAACCCUAGCUCUCUUAUUGGACAAGAAAGUGGGAUUUAAUACUCCAUGGAAUCUACCCAACUAUACAACUUGAGUUGUGGUGCACUGAACUCUGCUAUGUUGUCUCAGUGGUCCAGGUUUAAUUUGUACCAUUCCAGAACCUUGAUUGUCGAUUUGUGGAGAUAUAAAAAUGUUUUUCUCUAUGUCAAAGGCCAUGCUCUUUUUUCUGGGCAUAUUCACUAUUCCCUUUGUAUUACCAUUGCUUCUUACUUCCAGUAUUUGCAGAGGGAUUAGCGAAAAAAGAUGGAUGAAACAAAAAAGAUGGAUGAAGCAGAAAAUUGACUACCAUGUGAAUCUUAAGACAUCAGUCAAAGUCUUCCUGUUGUCAACAUAGCCGUUAACAAAUUUAUAUACCAUUUAACAUUCUGCAAUGAAGGUUUUGAUUUCAGUUAAACCGUUCCUGGAUUGGGGAGAACCAGGGCUGGGAAUUGCUCUGUAAUGCUUCUGUAACAUAUUGAAAAUUCUGAAAUGUAGUGGGUAAGCAAA